AUCAGGCGGAAAUGGCUGAGGUUGAGCCAACCGAUGAAGAUACUACGACCGAGUAUCUCGAUGAUACCACGGAUCUGCAAGUUACGGAGGAUACAGAGGACACUGAGGAGGAGGAAGCAGAUGAAACUGAGGGCUACGAGGAAACUGAAACCGAGGAGGAAUUCGUAAAAGAAGGGGAAGAUGUGGGCACCGUGGAAGAAGCCGAGGAAGCACGAGAGGAGGUUAGAAAGAAACGCAGAGGAAAGAAAGUGAGAAGUGAGAUGGAACGGUGUAUGAGACAGAAGUGGAAAUGCGACGUGCCUCUUUGGCAGCUUUAUGCGAAAACAUUCGUGGAAGGCUACCAAGAACGCGAGAUGGACGAUUUUAUGAAACACAGGAAGCCUGCCGAUCUUAAGAAAUUCCCGCGGGUUCAUUCGGAGGAAGAUCUGACCGCGCACCACAAGUGUUUGCCACUCAAUGCCUUUCAGAUGAAAGAACAGUUCAAGUUACCUGACAAGAUGGACCGAUCGAAGCUGAUACGAAUCUGGCGAAACAUGCGCGCGAAUCUGCCUGUGCACUCUUCCAAAUCAGACACCGCUGUAGAGGCGCCAGUAUCGAGAAUCGACAGCGAGAAAUGGCCAGGCAUGUGGCCGUGCACAACGAGAGACAUGACGAACGAAUUGCUAGAGAGGCGAAGACAGAAGCGAAAGGAACGGAAAGAUCUGUUUCCCUGCGAUCCGGCCGACGUGCGCGAUGUUUUCGAAGACCCAACCAAAGAUUAUUCCGAUCGCAAGGAAUUGGGUCAUGCACGAAUCCCGCAAUCGUGUCCUCCGCCGUGCAAGAUGUCUGUCGAUCGCGCUGCCGGCGAACAGCCCGGUUUAGUUAACGGUGAUUACAUAAUUUUCGAGUUACCCUCGAAAACGCAGGGAAACAGAAUCUAUGCCGAUGUGUGUCUUCGUGGGUUGAAGGGUAUGCACUUGCCUGAACUGGGAGUUCUACGAACGCGCAGAAAAACGUGGAAGUUCUGCUUCUACCAAGCGAUCGUUUCCCUCCUGGUUAAAACACAGCUGAGAUACAAGUACGCUUGGAGCGCGAACAUCGAUUACAUCUACGACCAUGCGUGGAUGCUGUACACACACAUGGGCAUGAUCAAUGUCAAAGACAAGCAACGAUUCGACGACAUUGUCGUGUACAACUACAAGUACAGCAUCGAGGUGAGAUUAAUUCAAGAGUUGAACGACGUUCCAAUCGUCACCGACAUCCCAUGCGAUUACGAGGAGAGGAACAUGCGGCGGAAAACGAUUCUGGAACGAAGCGAGCUGAUGAACGUUCAGCUGGAGAUCGGCUCGGAGAAGAUAACCGACGAGCAAACAGCGCCAGUUCACAGAGGCGUCAAAAGGAUCCAGGAUUGGCUCGACAAACUGAAAGUACGUUAUCGUAACUGUAUAUUCCGCACCGCUCGAUUCUCCGUGGCGUUCUGGAAGGACAAUCUGUUCUGGUACCUGUACAAUCCGUAUCGAUGCGACAAAUUCGGCUACUGGGACGACAGUGGGUACGCUUGCAUCAUGAAGUUCUGUUCCAAGCAAUCUCUCACCAGGCAUCUGAUGAUUCUCUUACUAAGAGCCUACGUUUACGCAACUCCAAAACCGGAGAAGAAGUCGGGAAUGGCCGAGACAUCCGCAGAAGGUACGGAAUUAUCAGCGACGACGGAAAGUGAAAUCGAGUCGAAACAACCGAGCAACCAAGCUCGACAACCGGAGGAAGAAAAAUUCUACGCGAUCCAAAUUUUCCACGUGUCCCACCUUUGCUGCCAGAUCCACAACCUCAGGCUGUUGCAACGAGGCGCGCCGAAGCCAGCGAAACGGUACGUGAAGCGGAAGACCAUCGACGAUUGUCCUUUCGAUCCUCUGGACAUGAGAGAUCCGUGCACGAUCGAGCAAGAAGAAGGCGAUUUGAAAGAAUCGAUCGAAAAGCCUACGUGGCUGAAACUGUACAAGAUCACCUGGACCAAGUCUCUGGCUGUACCGCAGAAGAGGAAAGGCACGAAGGAAUACGGCCUGGGGAAGAUGCGCUGGCAUCAGUACGUCGUGGAGGAGUCGAACAAAUUAUUUUCUCUGUGGGGCGAGAUUCACAUUACGGACGGUGUGUUCGAGAUGGAAAACCGCGGGAUGCAGACGUACGCUUGUUACGUUGUCUGCGCUGGCAUGACGAGAAUCACGGCGCCUGAAUAUUGGAGCUCGAAGACGCUGGACGUGAUCGUCAUGUGCGGCGACAGAUAUUACACGCACAGUAGACUGGAAGCCGAGUUCAAGUCGGCGAGGACCGAGUACAGCUACGUGAGCUGUUGGAACAGGUAUUUGAUGAGCCAUUUCAAGAUCGGCGAGACGAUGUUCGAAGCGAAGGUUCUGCCAGCGAUUUGCGGCCGGUUGUACGCGAAAUCUGGAAAGUAUCUGUGGCAAUCUUUGGAGCAAAUGUUCUUGAAGUAUAAGUUUGGCAUUCUGACGUGCGAAAGCUCCUGUCUUGGCGUGUUCAAAUUCUGCGGCGCUUAUUACAUGUGCGACGUGAACUCUUUGGGCCCGCCGCUGUUCUCGUACGGCGAGGGAGCGGUUUAUCUGUUGAGAGCCACGUAUUUAUUGAAGUUCAUCACGGUCCUUGUAUUGACUAUUGGCUCGCCGGAAUGCAGCCAGUUUGCUCUGAACCCUAUCGAAAUAUUGAAGGUCGUCGAUGUAGGCCCCUCCGCGUUCCCCGUUACGAGAGCCGAGAAGAAAGAGAAGAAAGACAGAGCUAAAAGGGUGACUAAAGUGGAGUGUCCGUACGACGAGGAGAAGAAAAAACAGAUGAAAAAGUGGAAGCACAAGAGAGCGGAAACCACACGACUUAUCGAUAAGUUAUGCUGCAAGGGUGAAAGAUGA